CGUUAUUGUAGUGGAACGCGGAAGUGAACGCGUGUGCGUCACUUCCGGGGCGUUGCCGAGAUGGUCAUGGCGGAGGGUACAGCAGUCCUGAGGAGGAACCGUCCAGGAACUAAGGCGAAGGAUUUUUACAGUUGGCCUGAUGAGUCAUUCGAGGAGAUGGACAGCACUCUGGCAGUGCAGCAGUACAUCCAACAGAACAUACGCUCUGAUUGCGCCAACAUCGACAAGAUCCUAGAACCUCCCGAGGGCCAGGACGAGGGCGUUUGGAAAUACGAGCACCUGAGACAGUUUUGUCUGGAACUGAAUGGUCUUGCUGUUAAAUUACAGGGAGAAUGCCACCCUGACACAUGUACACAGAUGACCGCUACAGAGCAGUGGAUCUUUCUGUGUGCUGCACACAAAACCCCUAAAGAGUGUCCUGCUAUCGACUACACGAGGCACACGCUAGACGGAGCCGCCUGUCUUCUGAACAGUAACAAGUAUUUUCCCAGCCGGGUGAGCAUAAAGGAGUCAUCCGUGGCAAAGCUGGGUUCGGUUUGCCGCCGCAUCUACAGGAUAUUUUCCCACGCUUACUUUCACCACCGUCAGAUAUUCGACAAGUACGAGGACGAGACCUUCCUAUGCCACCGGUUUACUCGGUUUGUAAUGAAAUAUAACCUGAUGUCGAAGGACAAUCUCAUCGUGCCCAUUCUGGAGGAGGAAGUCCAGAACGCUGGCUCUGCCGAGAGCGAUGCCUGAGAAUUCAGAGCGAUGCCUGAGAUGCCAUGCCUACACGCGCACACACACACACACAUAUAAAAUCUAAGUUCGUGCAAAAAUGCUAACAUUCGUGAAUCAGUGCUAGUGGUUGCCAUUCACAGGCUCUCAUUUUCCGCAUAACCCCACUAGCCAACUUCAUUCGUCAUCGGCAGUGUUAGGAUUCUUUGAGUGAGGUCUUCUGUUUACAUCUUGUAUUGCUAACAAAGUACCUCACCUAUAUAAAAGCACAGCCUCGUAUAGAACACGUUGUUUUGCAUCGUUGUGUUCAUCUCAAACAAGAAACUCCAUGAGAUCAUAUAAAAGCCAAACUCUUAAAUUUGCAUAAGAAGUUUCACAGAAAUCAGCUGGCUGAUACACACCCACACACACGCACUUGGCCACAGCAACACUAAAGGGGCUGUUUGAGUGUCAUAAGGUUGCCAUGGUUACCACAUGAUCUUAAUAAUCGUGCGCUGAACGUUUUUAACUGACUGCUUGCUUUUCUUUUUCUUUACUCUUGCUAUUAAGUUAUUGCUAAUGUACUGAACUGAAGUCUAGAACAUUCACAGCUAAGACCAUCCGGCCUUUUUUCUUUCUUUUUUUAUAGUUACAUUUUGGUUUCCAUAAAACAGCAUCAUUUACAUUAGUAUGUGAUUUAAAUACUGUAACUAAUAAACAAGUGUACAGAG